UUGGAUUCUGCUUCUCUCUCUCUCUCUCUCUCUCUCUCUCUCUCUCUCCUCGCUGCUGGGCUGUAGCACACUCAGUGCCUUUUUGUCUUCCUGUUUCCACACUGUCUCUAAAAUACUGUUUCUUCUCUUCAUCUUGUUUUCUUUUGGUUAUAUGCUUUCGAGAUUUCUCUGGGCUUCUGAAACACCUGCGGGGUUUUACUGCCUCUUGAGGUCUGGAAAAAUGGGAUCUUUGUUGUGGUGACUUUAGAUUUUUGCUCGAGCUUGUGGUCUGUUGGAAUUUGGAGAUCAACUUAAAGCUGGCUGUCGAUCGAAUGUUGUUGUGCUCCAUAAUUUCUCUAGCUUAUUUACUCGAGUCACCCAAUAGAAGAGAAUUCUUGGGUGGACUGAUUGGUUUCCAUGUUUGUGCCGCUUGAACUGAAGUAGCUGCUGGAUCAAUUCUUAAGAUUCAUCGGUCAGGAAGAUCAUCCUAUUCUCAUGAGGAUAACGCUGUCAGUUGGUGAACUGGGAGGAUGGAUGCAACCAGUUUUAGCACUAACUGGUUCUGAUUGGUUCCACUGGAGUUCUACACAGUCCCAGCUGGUCCUGAACUGAUCCUUCUCAAUAUUUAUGGCUGUCUGGGUGAUCUUGGUCAUAUCUAAAAUAUCUGCAUCUCCCCAGUCCAGCCAGAUUUGAGGUUGCAAGCAUCUUUGAAGUAUUUACUGUGAAGUUGUUAAGCCAGAUGCUGCCGAGAAAAUGGGAGAAAAUUAUAUUUUUACUUAUCUUUAUCUUCUCAAGUGCUUCAGGUGCAUUUAUUGGGAUUAAUAUUGGUACUCAAAUGUCCAGCUUGCCAUCAGCAGCAGAAAUUGUGUCAAUUCUGAAAACUCAGCGGAUCAAACAUGUACGUUUAUUUGAUGCUGACCACCAAAUGCUGAAUGCCCUGGCAAACACCGGGAUAGAGGUUCUAGUUGGGGUUCCCAAUGAUCAGCUACUACGGAUAGGAGAGUCUCAAUCCGAAGCAGCUGCGUGGAUCAACAAAAAUGUUGCUGCUUUUGUUCCUGCAACUAAUAUCACUUAUAUUGCUGUUGGCAAUGAGGUGUUGACAACCAUCCCAAAUGCAGCCCUUGUUCUCAUUCCAGCUAUGCAAUUCCUUCAUUCUGCUCUUCUAGCCGCAAAUCUUAACUUUCAGGUUAAAGUUUCAAGUCCACAGUCAAUGGACAUGAUUCCCAAACAUUUUCCUCCAUCAACAGCAUCCUUCAACUCAUCAUGGAACUCCAUAAUGAAUCAGUAUCUUCAGUUCUUGAAGAACACAGGAUCAUCUUUCAUGCUAAAUGCACAGCCCUAUUAUGUUUACACCAAGGGACAAGGUAUUUUUCCCCUGGAGUAUGCCCUGUUCCAACCUCUAAAACCAAACAAUCAGAUUGUGGACCCCAAUACAAAUUUCCACUACACAAGCAUGUUUGAUGCAAUGAUCGAUGCUGCUUAUUACUCGAUGCGAUCACUCAAUUUUUCUGGCAUUCCUGUGAUUGUGACAGAGUCUGGUUGGCCAUCACUAGGUGGAGCCAAUGAAUCAGAUGCUAGUAUUGACAAUGCAUUGACCUACAACAGCAAUCUUAUACAUCAUGUGCUGAAUGGUUCUGGUACACCAAGUCAACCGACGAUAUCAGUUAGCACAUAUGUCCUUGAGUUGUUCAAUGAGGAUCUUCGACCUGGACCUGUUUCUGAGAAAAACUGGGGGAUAUAUGUUCCAAAUGGGACUGCACUGUAUUCUUUGACUUUUGGACGUAUUGCUGAGUCGAAUGCUGAUUCAACAGGUUUGGUCGGAGUUUUCUGUGUGGCAAAUUCUAGUGUGGACUCCAAUGCACUGAAGAAAGGUUUAGAUUGGGCUUGCGGACCUGGUUCAGCUAACUGCACCGCUAUCCAGCCAGGACAAGCAUGCUAUGAAGCUGACAAUCUUGUAGCCCUCACCUCCUAUGCAUUCAAUGAUUACUAUCACCGAACUCAAGCAACUGGUGGUACCUGCAACUUUGGUAAUACAGCCAUGAUUACCACUACUGAUCCCAGCCAUGGUUCGUGCAUCUUUUCUGGAGGCUCAGGGUCGAGCACCAGCACAACCGGCAGCACCACAAUCGGUUCAGCCUUUGGACCAGUAGGCGCUGUCAGUGAGGCUUCAAAUCUGCAAGUUAUCUCAUUUGCAUUUAUCGUCGCUUCUAUGUUGCUUCUUCUAUUUUGACAUGUAAAAAUGCAUAUGAUCAUCAGUUCAGUGUGGUAAAGAAAGUGAAGGAUUGCGAUAGCCAGCUGAGGGUGAGCUGUUGAGUCCAAUUGCAUGUCCUAAACCAAACUAUUCAUCCUAUCUGUAUAAAUUUGAGGCAUGGUAUACUUCUUUUCGCUGAGCCUCAUUGCUGA